AUGGUUCAGAACAAUAUUAAAGUAUUUGCACGUAUUAAACCAGAACGUUACAAAGAACCUGCAUUGUUUGAAAUUCACUCAAACAAUAGUAGAGAAGAACUAGUCAUAUAUCCUCCAAAACGAAUGAACCGAAGUAUAAAAAACUCACCUUUCAAAUAUAAAUUUUAUUUCGAUAAGAUAUUUAGGUGCAACAGUGAACAAAUGGAAGUUUUUCAAACUGUUGCAAUACCUAUACUGCAACAAAUAAAAACUGGCUGCAAUGGAACCAUAUUUGCUUAUGGACAAACUGGUAGCGGAAAAACUUUUACUAUGCUUGGAUCUAUUUUACCAAAUUGUCACAGAGGUAUUAUUCCUAGAAUAUUACAAAAUUUAUUCAACGAUAAAUCAACUAUGCGUGUUUCCUUGUCAUACUUAGAAAUUUAUAAAGAUAUAGGUGUUGAUUUGCUAUCAAGGAACUGCCAGAAGGUAACUGUCCAAGAAGAUGAGAAGGGUAUGCAUCUAAAACACUUACAAAAAGUCAAUGUUCUCACUAUUGCAGAAGCCAUGAAAAUUCUGCAAAUCGGAGAAAAUAAUCGUAAGGUUUCGGGCACCAAAUAUAAUACAAGAUCAUCCAGAUCUCACUGCAUUUUAACGAUUCGAUAUGAAGGAUCUUAUAAAGGCAAGGUGGUACAAUCUUAUCUUCAUUUGGUGGAUUUAGCAGGAUCUGAAAGAUUCAAAGCACAUCUUCGUGCUUCAGAUGAAUCAAUCCAUAUAAACAAGUCUUUGCAUUUUUUGGAAGUCGUAAUAAACGCCUUGACUUAUCCCACUUUGCACCAUAUACCCUACCGAAAUAGUUUGGUGACAUCAGUUUUAAAAGAUUCGUUAAAUGCUAAUAGUUUUACAUCAAUGAUAGCUACGUUGUCGUUGAGUGAAGAAAACGCCUUAGAAACUCUUUCUUCCUGUAGAUUCGCUUCGAGGAUGUCUAAGGUCAAAAACUGCAGAGUUGAUGCUUCAAAACCAAGCAAAAUCGAUACCAAAGCUCAAAUGUUAUCCUUGCAAGACGAAGUUCAACGUUUACACGGUCUAUUAGUUAAGGAUACGACUAUUAGAACUGAAUGUUACAACAAUGAUUUAACAGAUGAAGACAAAAGAUAUUGCGAUAAUGUUGUAACAAAAUUUUUAUCAGAAGACAAUGACUCAUUAAGCAUUCCAGUCACGGAGUCCAAACACAUUCAAGAAUGUUUUCGGAUAAUUCGGAAGCGUGUUAAGCAAUUUCAAAAAGAUUUGUGCAAUGAAAAUCCCAAAUUAAUUCCAAGCAAAACAAAAGGUAAUUAUGAAACUACAUACAAUAAAGAUUAUACAAUCCAAUCCAGAAAUGAAAAUACGAUCAAGCAUAAAGACAAUGAUAUUAAAAACAAUUAUGAUGAACGACCCAUUAGAUCUAAUUUCUUGCAGCCAAUCGCAAAUGAUAACAAGAAAAACAUCAGCAACUUUAAUAAAACCAAAAAUAAAACGAUCUGUAUGGAUAACAAAGGAGUAAUAAAUUUUGAUGAAUAUUUAGAAAAUAAUUUGUAUAAGCCUAAUAAUUCAUCUAGAACGUCGUCUAAAAAAAUUAAUACAACCAAGAUUCUACUUAGACAAACCGAUAGCAUAAUUUCUCAAUCAAGUUUAAACUCAAGUAAAGAAAAUAGUUUUAUUUCUGUCUCUAAAAUAGAAACUAAUCCAAAUAAUAAAAUUUCGACUAGAAGUAUGAAUGCACAUAAUAGUAAAAUGACUCAACGAUCAAAUGAUUCAAUACAAACUAAUAUUCCAGUGCAGUUUCAUGACAAAAAUAGUGAACAUCCAGGACCAAAUUAUUACCCUGUAUCUGCCAGAAAAAGUUGUUCUCAAAACUCAUUGAGACCUUCAUAUAAUCGUAAACAAGUAGAAAAAAAUAAAGUCAAAAGUCGUACAAAUUUACAUCAAAAUAUAUUUGGGAACAACAUUGAUUUGAAUGAUAUACAAAGUAUUCAAAAAGUGGUAAAUGAAAUUAUUAAAAAAGAGGUUAUAAAUAUAGCAGCUAAAUUACUUUCAGACAAAAUAUCUAGCCCACAAUAUUUAAAUUUAGAUGAUAGCAUCAUAUUUAACCAACGUCCACAAUUUAGCUCAACUGAAAAUGAACCAAGUAAAAUAGAAGAACAUUUGAAUGAUUCUUCAUUUUAUAAAAAUGAAGUAGAUUUUUCUGAACAUAACGUUAGAAAUUCUCUUGGCACAGUUCAUCAAAAUUUAGUAAACAAAAGUCAAGUGAUUAAUCAUAUCAGCCCACGGGAUAAUGCAAAUUUUGAUAAUGAAGGAGGCAAAACUAGUUAUAGGAAUAUUGUUCAAAAUCCUAGCAGUUCUGAACCUAAUUUAACAUAUACUAGAGUGCCUAAAUGUGAGGAUCAUCUCAUGCCAAGUGCUUCCCAUCCAAGAUGUCAUGCAGACCUUGCCAACCAUCAAAAUUUUCUUAACUCGCAGAUGCCAAAAAUGGAUUUUGCAGAAGCCCAAGGAGAUUAUUCUCUUGAGAACAAAAAUCUUGGAAGCUUUGGCGAUGAUAGAGUUACCAACCCACUUGCAUCAGAACCAGUAUCACAAUCUGAACAAAAUAUUAUAGUAUUGAAACCAACAAUACCCUUGCCUAAUAUUCUUAUGCAAUAUGCUCCUAGCACGAGUAAUAUUAUGGACAAGAACUAUAACAUACCAGAAACGUAUAUUUCAAAAUUGGAAGAACCUCAUCCAUUUUCGUGUGGCGGGAUAACGGAAUGUGCGCGAAAUUCAAAUCAAAAUCAUGAUGUAUUCAUAUUGAAUACAAACUCGCCGAUUCUAAAUCAUAAUAAGAUUUCGCAAUCCGAGCAAUGCGCGGCGUGGGAGCCGAAAGCAUCCUUGAAUGUUUGUGCUGAUAAUAUUUCAAAGCAAAAACAUUAUAUACUGCCAGGGACAGAAUCAAAGGUGCCAUUGACAGGUGAUAAAGAUAUAGACGAAGAGAUAAUCAAAUUCUACAAAUGCAGAGAACUGGCGAAAAUCACAGCUCAUAGUUAG